UUAUCAUGAAUAGUCUAUAUAUACGCGACAGUAGUAGGGCUGAAAUGUCAAAUGUUCUGUAUUUUAUUCAGGGCGGGAUAUGAAUUUUUAUCAUUGAGGUCGAGCGCCCCGAGGUCAACCCUGGGUUUAUCUGGGACGGGAGACAUUUAAAAUUGAAGCGACUAUCACGGCUCGUUCACACAACUGUAUUGCAUUCGGAGCAGGCACUGCUACGUUGUAACUGGAGACACAAUGACUUCGACAGAGCAGAAACGGAUUGUUUUAACCGACCCCUCGGAAUAUCGGCCGGAAUACAGGGACAAGGCAUCGUAUCGGGAUUUUAACAUCCACACGUGUCCGGCCCGAGUGAUUGACACAUACAAGAGUAUGCACACUUUCCAGACUGUGGAGUAUGUUCGUGGUAAGAUCGAACAUUAUUGCAAAUUCAAUCACGCCGAAAUGACCAUGAUGGAAGCACUGAAUUCUCUUGACGCGUUUUUGGACGAGAGUGAUCCUGAUGUUGAUAUUCCGAAUUCCUUACAUGGCUACCAAACUGCCGAAGCUAUCCGAAGGAAACACCCGGACAAAGACUGGUUCCACGUAGUAGGACUGAUUCAUGACGCGGGAAAGGUAAUGGCUCACUGGGGGGAGCCACAAUGGUCCACGGUGGGUGACACUUUUCCUGUUGGCUGUCUCCCUGACGACAGAAUCGUAUUCGGACGCGAGAGUUUUAAGGACAACCCCGACAUGAAGGAUGAAAAAUUCAACACAAGGCUCGGUAUGUAUGAGGAAAACUGUGGGUUGGACAAAGUUCUUAUGUCAUGGGGCCAUGAUGAAUACUUGUACCGUGUUCUAACCUCUGACCUCAACACGUGCAGGCUACCGGAAGAGGGUCUGUACAUGAUCCGGUACCACUCGUUCUACCCCUGGCACACUAGUGGGGCCUACGGAUACCUGUGUAACAAUAAGGACGAGGAGAUGAAGGAUUGGAUCAACGAGUUCAACAAGUUUGACCUUUACACCAAGAGCGCUGUGACGCCUAAUGUGGAUGAGCUCCAGGCCUACUACAGCGCGCUCAUGGAGAAAUACAUCCCUGGCAAGGUUAAGUGGUAGACGUACCCCGAUACAAACGAUGCUAUAAGUGGUGAUUUACACUAAGAAGGGACCGACGUAUAUAAUGGACGGGUAUUGUUGUGUACAAUGUUUUAUAAUGGAAACAGACGACAGUCCAACAGGUUUUAGAUAUCACCGUUUUAAAUAUAUUCCAGACUGUAAAAAUCGCUUCGUGUACAUGCAUAUUCUAUUUCAGUUUUAGAAAGUUGUUCAACUAUUAGAUAAUAUACAGAGGUAUAUUCAAUAUACAUAUCAUGACUGUAUUAUGCUUGUGUGUAUACCAUUUAAACGAAAAAAUAAAUACGUAUAUUUU